GGUAUCGGGAUCGCUACGACGAUCGGUAUCGUGAUGGUCCGCGGAGGGACAUGGACCGUGGCUUUGGGGGCAGGGAUCGCUACGAUGACCGCAGCAGAGACUAUGACCGAGGCUACGAUUCCAGGAUAGGCAGCGGCAGGAGGGCCUUUGGCAGCGGGUAUCGCCGGGACGACGACUACCGAGGGUGCGGUGACCGCUACGAAGACCGCUAUGACCGGCGGGAUGACCGGAUGGAUAGGUGGAACUCCCGGGAUGAUUACGGCCGGGAUGAUUACCGCCGCGAGGACAGAGGUCCCACUCAGAGGCCGAAGCUGAACCUGAAGCCCCGGAGCGCGCCCAGGGAGGAGGAGACCUCCGUGGCCCCCGCGCCCCAGUCCAGCCGGGCCGCCUCCAUCUUCGGGGGGG